GACUGAGCGAUAUUUCGGUAAAUAUCAAACAAAAGGUAACCACUGUAAUUAAAAACACUAGUGGGAGUUUUUCAACAUCUUUAGAAUUUUUAAUUGUUCCUUCGAUUACAAAUUUGACGAUAAUUAAUCCGGUUGAAGUAUCUAAUAUAAAGAUUCCAUCGGAUAUUAAUUUGGCUGAUCCAGAGUUUAACACACUAAAGGAAGUAGAAUUAAUUAUAGGUUGCGAGCUCUUUUUUGAAAUUUUAAAGCCAAAUCAGCUUCGAUCGGCAUGUAGUAAUUGGUUGUUUCAAGAAACUGUAUUUGGUUACAUUGUCGUGGGGAGCUCCGAUAAUAGUACAAAAAGAGCAUAUUGUGGAUUAACGCUUAGUUCAGAUAUAAAUUCGGAAAGCCUUGAUAAACAGCGACAAGCAUUUUGGAAUAUAGAAACUGUUGAGGAGCCCUCUGUUGAACAUAGUGUCGAAUUUGAGUUAUGCGAAACUCAAUAUAAAAAUACUCAUUAUCGAAAUCAUGAAGGGCGUUACAUAGUACAGUCGCCUUUAAAAGCGGAUCCCGCUUCGCUCGGUGAUUCUAAAGCCGUUGCCGAAAUGCGUUUAAAUCAGUUGUGGAAAAAACUUUCGAAAGAUGAUGAGUUGCAAUCACUUUAUGAAACAUUCUUAACGGAAUAUGCUGACUUGCAGCAUAUGCAAUUAGUUGUAGAACCUCUUGAUAUAACCGCUUCAUAUUUUUUACCUCAUCAUGGUGUACUUCGCCCAGAUAGUAAAACCACUAAGUUGACAGUGGUAUUUAACGCUUCCUCCAAAACGACAUCGGGUCUUUCUUUAAAUGAUAUUUUGUACUAG